AUGGUGAGGAGAGUGAUCCUUCAAAUAGGAGCCAAAUAUAGUGAUGCUGAGGUGCUGGACUGGCUUAAUCACACUUUGCAGUCUGGAUUCAACACUGUGGAGCAAACAUGCUCAGGUGCUGCCUACUGCCAGUUAAUGGACCUGCUUUAUCCUGGCUGUAUUGACCUGUGGAAAGUAAAGUUCAAAAUAGAGGAUGAAACCGAUAUAUUCAAUAAUUACAAGUUACUUGAAGGUGCCUUCAUCAAGAAUUCUAUCAAUAAAAUAUUGGAGACUGAAAAGUUGGUCAGUGGCAAUUCCACAGAGGUGUUAAAUCUCCUGAGGUGGUUCAAAGUGUUUUUUGAACACAAUUUUGCAGGACGUAGUUACAAUCCUGUAGCGGCUCGAGGUGGACAAAUUCUGGAACCCUGCGUCCCUAAGAAAGCAAGCGCUCUUGAGAAGCUGGACUUUUCAGCCGUUCCAGACAUGAUUAGUGAAAAUGCUGACACAAAUGUGGAGAGAAAAGUUCCGGAGACGUUUCACUUUAGCCCGGCUGUGUUGUGUUUCAUCAGGAAAUACUGUCCCUCUGUCUUAGCUGGCACAGACUCCUCUAUUACAUGUAGCAAAGCCAAGCAAGUGCUGGGUCCAGAAUACCCAAAAGACAUCAUGGCUUCUUGCCACCAGGCCCCUUACUGUCUGUACAUGUACCUCGAAGGGAAGAAAUCUUACGUGGUCUUGAUUGGGUUUUUCGACCAGACUGCCGGAGAGACCAAAGUGAGGCUGCUUGAUGUUAUUGAGCAGACACACGCUGCCUUAUUGACCUGUCUUGUGGAGACUCUUAAAAAGUUUGACAUCAGUCUAGCUAACCUUGCAGCAUUUUAUUCCAAUGCACCUAAUCUUACAGAGUUGCUUUCAGGCUUGAAAGCAUUGAAUCCAGGCACUGUUUUUCUCUGCAGCCUUACUGAUGUUGUAGAACAAGCAUGUCAUGGAGGAGUUACAGCGAUGGAGCUGUCAGCACAGAUCCAGGAACUGAUUAAGAAAGUCCAUCAACACUACCCUUCUCUACCAGACAUUCUGAAGGAACAGCUUAAUAAUAUGGAGUUCGAUCUCACCCCUUCUUUGACAUCGGAUUGUCUCGGCCUCAGAGCAACAAUUUACAGAAUGACCCUAGCAUGGUCCGACUUAGUGCAAUACUUCAAUUUCCAAAGCGGCAGCAGUGAAUUCGAUGGGCGUAUUCGUUGCCUCCUCAAUGAUCAGAAGUUAAGGCUCAGUUUCCUGUUUCUGAGCCAUGCCCUGCAACCUCUCUGCCAAUUUCAGGAGAGCUUGGAAGGUGGUAAAGACGUGAUAACAUUGCUCCAAGAAGCUUGUAGUUUACUUCAUGUUUAUAUAUCCAGCUUUCUCGCUCCUAAAGCUAUAGAACGCUUCCUCAGGAGAGGCAACUUGGGAUCUCCAACGAAGGACGUCACGGAACAUCUACCGAGAGACAAGGUGAAGGUCGGCGAAGAGGUGAAAAAAUUCCUACGUCAAAAUAAGGCGGACCUAACUGGCUUCUACAAGAGUGCCGUUUCAUUCUACACAGCAGUCAGCUCCAGUAUCUUCAAUAGUUUACCCAUGCCUGACGCUUCUCUGAGAAACAUGGCUGCCCUCUUUAGCCCAGAAGGCAAGCUGGAAGUCACCGCAAAGGCUGUAUGCGAUUUAGGCGUCCACUUUGGUCUUUGUGCUUGCGGAGAAGACGUCAGUUUGCUAACCGAUGAGUUUCUUGAGUAUCAGUUUGCCGAGCAGGAAGAACUCACCAGUCCAGCUAUACAGUCACUGGAGCAGUACUGGAAGGCCGAGCUGAGGAUGAUGGCAAAGUCGUCUCACUUUCGAAAGCUGACCUUAAGCCUGUUGGUCUUGCCUAAGACGCUCAGAAAGGAAAGGGUUUUUGCGCAAGUGUUUAAGAGUGUUGAUCACUGCAACGAAAAGGAGCGUUCCAUUUUUCCCUCUGACGACAAAUACGUAGGACGUGAUGAUGAUGAUUAUGAUGAUGAUGAUGAUGAUGGUGAGGUCACAGACACCAGCUCUUACAAAAGUGCCCCGUCACACCCCCUCAGCUCUGAGACCCAGGAGAGUUCAGCAUCAGAGGUUAUUGAUCUGACUGAAGUUGAGGAUAAUAUUUUAAUGGAGACGAACGAAAGCUCCUGUGGUCCAGAGAUGAAACGGGAAAAGCAAGACAUUUCAGAAUCGAUAAUUAUAGAUGAUGACGAUGACGCGGAUGAUGUGAUAUGGACUUAUACUUUAUAUUCAGGGAAAAAAAAAGACAAUGUUUCCUUAACGCCUAAUAAAGAAGCAGAGUAUUCUUACCAGGAUGGGAAGCCUUUUGCAGCAGGGGAGAUGGUGUGGGGACAGGUGGAAGGCUUUCCUCUGGCUCCUGGCCUGGUGUACAGAUGGACUGAUGGGACACCUAAGAACAUUCGCAAGGUGGUGUGGUUCAGAGAUGGGAUGGUCUCUAAGGUUCAUCCAGAUAAGCUACAGCCUUACUCUGUAUUCGCACAGUGCUUCUGCCCCAAUUCCUUCGCCACGGUGAUGACAUACAAGGACACCAUCUUUCAUUCUUUGCAGGUGGCUGCUGAGCGUGCUGGAAAAGUCUUCCCUCUCAACUCGGACUCUAAGGAUGACCUGCUUCGACUAAUGCUGGACUGGGCCUUUGGAGGCUUUAAACCGUCUGGACCAAAUGGACUCAAACCACGAUCGAGAGAAGAUGAAUGUCUUAAAAUGUUCCAUCAGAGCUUCCAACAAUGGAAUGAAGUCACCGAGACUAAACGCAAGUUCGAAAAGCUAUACAACUUAAAAGAAGUGUCUGUGUGCUUGAACAGACUGUCUCUGGACCUGCAGGAUGGCCAGGUAGUCCUACAGGAUGAAAAUCUGAAUAAAAAACUUCCAUGUCCAAAAUCAAAAGAGUCUUCCUUACAAAAUGACAAGAAAUGUGCCAGUCGCCCGACUCCCAGGAAACCUAAAAGUGUUUCUAAGGACAAGGAUCGAAACAGAAGCUCUGGUGUUCAGGGGAAGCAAAACUACAACAGGCAUAAAAUGGCACAGGAGGUUUUGGUGAAAGGGAAGAAUAUCGAAGAUUUCUGCUUGUCGUGUGGAGCUGCACAUGUGGAGAUCUUCCAUCCGCUGUUUGAAGGGAGUCUGUGCUUGAAAUGUAAGGAUAAUUUCACAGAGACAUUAUAUCGGUAUGAUGAAGAUGGAUAUCAGUCAUAUUGCACUGUAUGCUGUGCUGGACUGGAGGUCAUUCUGUGUGGACAUACAAGCUGUUCCCGCUCCUACUGUGUGGAUUGUUUGGAUAUCCUGAUUGGUAAAGGCACCUUUAAUCAACUAAAAGACUUGGACCCAUGGAUCUGUUACCUGUGUGCACCAGAGAAAAGCUCCGGCGCUCUGAGACCCAGACGUGAUUGGAGUAUCCGUGUCCAGGAAUUCUUCGCCAACAACAGCGCCAUGGAAUUUGAACUACAUCGGGUUUACCCAUCAAUCCCCGCCAACCAGCGACGUCCACUCAGGGUCCUCUCCUUGUUUGACGGUAUAGGUACAGGAUACCUGGUUCUGAAGGAUCUGGGCUUUAAAGUGGAACUAUACGUUGCAUCGGAAGUAGACGAGGAGUCCACCACCGUCUCGAUGGUGAACCACAAUGGAAAAAUCACUUAUGUGGACGAUGUGCGUGGAAUUACGAAGGAGCACAUCGAGAAAUGGGGUCCAUUUGACCUUCUUAUUGGUGGCAGCCCAUGUAACGACUUGUCCAUAGUAAAUCCAGCACGGAAAGGCUUGUUUGAGGGCACAGGACGGCUCUUCUUCGAGUACUACCGGCUGCUGAACAUCAUGAAGCCCAAGGAGGAUGACCCUCGGCCUUUCUUCUGGCUUUUUGAGAACGUCGUGUUCAUGAACACCAGAGACAAAGUUGAUAUCUGCCGUUUCCUGGAAUGCAACCCGGUGCUUGUUGACGCAGUUAAAGUGAGCCCAGCCCACAGAGCACGGUAUUUCUGGGGUAAUCUGCCAGGCAUGAACAGACCAAUCACUGCCUGUCAAAAUGACAAACUGACCCUCCAGGAAUGCCUCGAAGCUGGACGCACUGCUAAGUAUGUCAAAGUGAGGACCAUCACCACACGCCCAAACUCCCUUAAGCAGGGAAACAAUGAUCAGCAUUUCCCCGUCUCCAUGAAUGGAAAGGAUGACAAUUUGUGGAUCACUGAACUGGAGAAGAUCUUUGGAUUUCCAAAGCAUUACACGGAUGUGAAGAACAUGGGUCGACUACAGAGGCAGAAGGUGUUGGGUAAAUCUUGGAGUGUCCCUGUGAUCCGGCAUCUCUUUGCUCCACUGAAGGAUUACUUUGCCUGUGAUGAAGUGCCUCUAAAAUGAGGAGUUUUUAAUGACCUCUGUCUCCUCAACUGUGACAAACUCUCAGGAAUAUUUCGAAUAAUUGUGCUUGCUCUUUUAAAGUUGUUUUUUCAUUCUUUUCUUUUUAAAAAAUUCCUUUUACUGAAUGUAUGGUUAAAUCAGGAGGAGGAUCGCAGGCAUUAUUGAUCAAAGUAAUCGAAAUGUGAUGCAAACAAUGAGGUUUUCAGGUAAUAAUUAAGGGUAACAUUACUAUUAGUAAUUCACAUUUAUCAGCUGGAACAAUUGUUUUUUAAAAUAUUCAGGACAUUUUUAAUAAAAUACCUUUUUUAUAUUCAUAUGCCAGAUUUUUUUUUUCUAUAUUCAUUACACACAUAUUUUGAAGUCAUU